UAAAAAAAAAAAAAAAAAGAGCUUGAAAAGAGAAACCUGAGAUUGCCAAGUGACAUCACGCUCAGCCGUGGUUGAUGCACGCUUCCUGGCUUCCUGCCUUGUGGUGAAGCAGCUUUCAAUCUGCUGCAGUCUUCUAGCAGCCUCUCCAAGAUGUUGAUGCUGUAUCUAUGACGAUGCAUUGACACACACACACACGAUUACGCCGGAGCAUGGAGCUGUCAGUGCAGUAUGAGUAUGAGUACACUACGAGGGAUGGUCGCCUCGUGUGCAUCAAGCCUGAUGAAAUUUACAUCCUGGUCUCCAAGACUAAUGAGCACUGGUGGCACGUGUGCAAAGACAGGGACUCCAGGCCCUUCUAUGUCCCAGCGCAGUAUAUGAAGGAGCUCCCAUCAUGCACUGGAGACUCUCCUGGUCCUGAUAAACUGGAUUCAACUGAGAGUGAGGCUGACAGUAAGCCAGUGGACGAGGCUAAUGUAACACCAGAUACAGCUACAACAACAGUGAGGCGUGUAUCAGCUCAGAACGCUCCAAGAGAGACACACCGGUUCUCCACUUUUGGUUUCUGUGGGGAGAUACCAGAUGUGAAACCUUGUGAGACUCUGGAGGAAGUAAAGAUCACCAAAAGCUCUGCACACACUCUGGAUAAUAUAGAGACACAUAGUUCAACAGGAGACAUGCAGCUGUAUGCAACACCUCAUCAUGUCACGAAGAUCAGAAAUGGACCAUCACAAUCAAACAGCUCACCGCAGGAUGAAAAAGUAGAGCAGCCGCAGACUAUUCUUGACGAUGAAGAUAUGAGCUUCCCUUUGCCCCCAGAUUUACCGAUAUAUGACACCAUACCAGAGCUGAUCACCACAACGUUUGAUACAAUACUUUCUGAGCUGCCGGAUCCUGUUGAUUCAACUCAGCAGCAGAGUUCGAAUCAAACUGCAGAGGAAACUUCUUCUAAAGAUGCACUUCCCGUUGAGCAGGUGAAUAAUGAACGUCGGCUGUCACCCGUCUAUGCCAAUGUAGCACAGCUUCGCCAAAGUAUCUCCGAGUCUCCUCCCUCGGCUCCCUCGUCCUACUCUCCUUCCUGCCCUGACCCAGAGGGAUGGGAGGUGCACGUUGACCAGGAAAGUGGACAGGAGUAUUAUUAUAACCCCACCACGGGGCGCACCACCUGGGACAGCCCCUUUCUAGACUCCCCCACAGACCCUGAGCCGUUCCCUGCAGAGGAGCCUUGUUCCCCCUCACCUCCUCAGUCUCCUGCCCUCUCUCCGUCCACUGCCUCUCCCCCUACGUGUACCUCAGACUGGGAGCAGUUAGUGGAUGAGACCAGCGGUCGUCCCUACUUCUACAAUCCAAUGUCUGGGGAGACGUCUUGGGAGCCUCCAGAACAGCUGAGCCCGUAUCCCCCUCUGAUGGAGCCUAUGAGUGUGCACAGGUUUCACGAGGACGGGCCGCCUCCUCUACCUGAGGAGGACUACCCCUCAGAGGAGUACCCAGCUGCUGAUCGACCAGAGUCCUACGAGGAGCUUCUUGCCACAGGCCCUCCUACCCUCCCUAAGGAGUACACCCUCGGCCACGUGAGCCGGACUAUCAUCCCCAGGGCUAACCUGGACCGCAGUACCCCGGCCGGUUGGAACCUCACUGUGGACUCCAACGGGACCUGGGUGUUCAGCAGUGAACACUCUCCAGAUCAGUGGAUCAAGUCAAUGGAUGAUCAGGGGCAGACCUACUACUACCUGAGAGACGGCUCCAAGUCCCAGUGGCAGUUGCCUGAGGCCCCUGUAGCUCCCGGCCACUCCAGGGUGGAGAAUGGCAUUGAGGCAGACAAUGUGUCAGUCAUCAAGAACUGGAGACACACCAUGGGACCUGCACAGCUCAGCUCAGCUCAUGAUGAUGGGAGGUUCGUCCCAACUCACAGGAGGAACACAUCAGACUACAGCAGCGACAGCUCCAGUACAGGAAACUCUCCAGAGACGCAGCAUAAUGUGCACAACUUAGAGAAAGCUGGCAUUCUCAACAAAACUAAAGUGUGUGAGAACGGUAAAAAAGUCAGGAAAAACUGGACCCAGACAUGGACGGUUCUCCACGGAGGAGUGCUGACGUUCCACAAGGACCCAAAGUCUGCAGCGACAGGGGCCUCGAACAAGACCAAUCAGAUCGUUCCGGAGGUCACGGUGGACCUGCGGGGAGCGGUGAUUGGCUGGGCCUCGAAGGACAAAUCCAGCAAAAAGAAUGUUUUAGAGUUAAAAGGCAGGAACGGCGUUGAGUUUCUGAUUCAGUACGAUACAGAAAGCAUCAUCAAUGACUGGCACAAAGUCUUAAUGGACACCAUACGACAGCUGGAGUACCAGGACCAUCAUUCAGAGGAGGAGGACGCGGAUUUAUACGAGAAGAUUGCAGAGCGAGAUGAAAAGUUGGGAGGCGGCGUUGACAAGCGAAGAGCCUCCAGGUCGACCGUCACACACUCAUCCAGCUCAGCAGGAGACGUGGACCAGAAGAGGGUUCGAACCAAGCUGAUGAAGUUCCUCAUGAAACGCCCGACACUUCAGUCUGUCAAAGAGAAAGGUUACAUCCGAGAAAAUGUGUUUGGUUGCCAUCUGGCCACACUGUGUAACCAGGAGAGGACCACAGUUCCUAGUUUUGUGGAGAAAUGUGUCAGAGCAGUGGAAAAGAGAGGUUUAGACAUUGACGGACUCUACAGAGUCAGUGGGAACCUCGCUGUCAUUCAGAAACUGCGCUUCAAGGCCGAUCACGAGGAACUGGACCUUGAGGACGGCCAGUGGGAAGACGUUCACGUCAUCACCGGGGCGCUGAAGUUGUUUUUCCGAGAGCUUCCUGAGCCACUUUUCCCAUACAGCCACUUUAAUGGGUUCAUCUCAGCCAUCAGAAUUCCUGAUUACAACGUUAAAGUGUCUCAAGUUUGUGACCUGGUCAGAUCACUUCCUGCUUCAAAUCAUGAUACCAUGGAACUCCUUUUUGGGCAUUUACGAAGGGUCAUUCAGUAUGGAGAAGACAAUCGCAUGACCGUGCAGAACGUGGCAAUCGUGUUCGGCCCGACGCUGCUUCGUCCGGAGAUGGAGUCAGCCAACAUCACGAUGCACAUGGUCUUCCAGAACCAGAUAGUGGAGCUCAUCCUGAAUGAAUACGAGCGUAUCUUCCACUCCAGCUAAAGCAGUCACAAGCCUCCGGUGCAGACCUGGGCAAAAAGUCUACAGGUGCUCAAGUUAUUCGAAGUGCUAGAUCCACCUUUUGCAUGCACGUAAACAGCUUCAGAGCAACGUCUAAAAACACAACUCCUCUUGUAAAAUAAGUUAAAGGGCUCCUCAAGUUUUCUCGGCUCAGAAUAUUUGAAGUUUAAGCACGAAAAUGUUGAUAAAGGGAUCUUUUAAAUGGUCUUUGCUGAGAAUAUUUGGAGCAUGUUUAACCACUGUUUUGUCCGGAUUUACUCCAUAGGAGGCUCACACUGUUAGAACUAUCUUUGGCAGUAUUGUAGGAUUGGAAACGGAGCCACGCAGGUGUAGACGGUUGUGGUUUGGUUUCCCGUCUCAGAGCUUUUGAGCUUUUUUGCUUGGGUGGAAGAAUGACUGUAUCACAUUGCUCUCGCUCCCUCAGACUCUAGUGGUCUUCAUCUCACAAGUCACUUUCUGGAGAUUUUAUCUGUUUGUUUUCCUUUUUUUUUUUUUUUUUUUUUUAAUUUGUUUUUGUUUGUCUAAAUGAUAACAGCAGUCUAAUAGAAUCCAAGUCAAACCUGAACGGAUGCAUUAAUGCUCUUUUUAAGAAACGAUCAAGGAUUGCUUCCAUCUUUAUUUUAGAAAGUUUAACAACAUUUUAAAUAUUGUUUUGGAUUUGGAAUGACAAUAUAUCACAUAUGGCAAUAACUGAGAUUGUAUUCUAAUAUUGUGUUUUCUUUCCACAGUCUCAUUUUUAUCCAUGAAUUUUAUUGUAAUAUAGAGAUGUAUAAAAAGAAACAUUAAUACCAACAACUUGCUGUGAAGUAGGCAGUGACAUAGAAGAUUUGUGCAACCUAUAGAUUAUUUUCCACUGAAUUGUAAAACACCAUUUUUCAAUCAUGCUGUACUUGAAGAAACUGUGUAAUAUUAACAUAGAGAUAUAAUCUAGUGAUGCAUUUUUGGGCAGCAAAAAUCAGAAAAGCAGAUACUAGAAGAGAUUUAUGGCCUGUAAAUAGAAAUAGAUGGCAUAUUUAUGCUGAAACUUGUUGAAAAUGCAAAAGUUAUUCAAUAAUAAAAUAACUUUGUAAA